AUGGAGGUGAGAAGAGCAGCCGUCUCAGCUCUCCUUCUGCUGGUGGUGUUUGGAUCAUGCCAAGCCAAAGUUGAGGAGGAGGACCCGGAGUUCUGGAGGUCUCAAGCACGAAAGACUCUGCAGUCAGCCCUGGACAGAAAACUCAACACCAAUGUGGCCAAGAACAUCCUGUUUUUCCUCGGAGACGGUAUGGGAAUGACAACCAUCACAGCAGCUCGUAUCCUAAAGGGACAGCUGCAGAACCAGACAGGAGAGGAGACAGUGAUGACUAUGGACACCUUCCCUCACGUUGGACUUGCCAAGACCUACAGUGUGGACUUCCAGAUUGCAGACAGUGCAGCCACAGCCACAGCGUACCUGUGUGGAGUGAAAACCAACCUGAACGUCAUUGGAGUGAAUGCUGCUGCCCGCAACGGCAUCUGUAAGACUCAGAAGGGAAACGAGGUCACAUCUAUACUGAAGUGGGCAAAAGAUGCUGGCAAGUCUGUUGGUGUUGUGACGACCACACGGGUGCAACAUGCCACCCCUGCGACCAGCUACGCCCACAGCGCCAGCAGGAAGUGGUACAGUGACGCCGACAUGCCUGCAGGUGCCAAGAGAGACGGCUGUACAGACAUUUCCUCCCAGCUGCUCAACAACACGGACAUAGAUGUGAUCAUUGGCGGUGGUAGAAAGUACAUGACCCCACGGUACACCAAGGACCCAGAAUACCCCACAGAUUUCUCCUCCAGAGGACAAAGAAGAGAUGGACGCAACCUCAUUGAAGAGUGGCAGAGCAUGAAACGUGGAAAGGUAGCCCGCUAUGUGUGGAAUAAAGCAGAUUUUGAUGCUGUUGACCCUGAAAAUACGGACUACCUCAUGGCCCUGUUUGAACCCGGUGAUCUGCGCUUCGAGGAGGAGAGAGAUCCAAAAAUGGACCCAUCCAUCGUUGAGACUACAGAAAAGGCCAUCCGCAUCCUUCAGAAAAACCCUAAAGGCUUCUUCCUUUUAGUGGAGGGUGGCCGUAUUGACCAGGCUCAUCACGCUGGCCGAGGCUACAUGGCGCUACAUGAGACUGUUGCGUUUGAUAACGCUAUUGCCAAGGGCCUUGAACUAACCAAGGAAGACGAAACUCUCACUAUAGUGAUGGCUGACCACUCGCACCCUUUCACCCUCAAUGGAUUCCCAUUUAGGGGGCAGAGCAUUCUGGGUAAAUCUCCUCUGUGGGGUACAGACUUUCUGCCCUACACCACACUGAUGUAUGGCAAUGGACCAGGAUACAAAAUCAAAAAUGGAACACGGCCAGACAUCCGUGAUGUCAACACGAAAACUAAAGACUACGUCCAGCUGUCCGCUGCCCCCACAGAGUCAACCACACACAGUGGUGAAGAUGUAGCUGUGCUCGCCAGGGGACCAAUGGCCCACCUUUUCCAGGGCGUCAACGAGCAGAACUACAUCGCCCAUGCCAUGGGCUAUGCCGCCUGCGUGGGCGCAGACCAGAGGCACUGCCAGUUUCAAACAGAGGCACCAGCUGUUCAGUCUACCCUGGACGAUGACAGAAACAGAGCCAGGGCGGUGGUUCAUGGCUCAGCUGCUUUGCUCAGUGGUCUCCUCAGUGUGCUACUAACCUUUACCCUGCUGAUGUAA